CUUAAAUCCAUUCCAGAAACUCCAGUCCGGGUAUCGGUUGCACUCUGUACUGUAACCAGGGUGGAAUCUGUUCCUGCAGACUCCAGGCCAGGAAUUGCGGUUGGCCGGCAUGGCUUGGUCUUUGUCCAAAGCCUGUGCGUGAUCUCGGAAGCUUGCCUGGGUGGCUUUAGAAACGGGGACCUCGCGGAGAAGACAAACCACUCUGUCUCCCAGCAAACUUUUUAUUAACUUUCGUGCUUUCCCCAUUGCUCUUUUAAUAUUGUCCUACGAGCAAUUUUUUUUGUUGACAUUAAUAAAGUUGGAAGACUUUUUUUUUCUUUAAGAGAGAAAAUCAACGAUUCCAAAACGAGGGCCCCGGACGAACAGUCCUGCAUAUUGUUUAAAUUCCCCUCACACUAUGGCUGGGAUCAACGCGCUGGUUUGGGCUUCUGCAGUGCUGGUUUGGGUUGCGGUGUGUGCCGAGCUGAAACCCAAAACGUGCACCGAAGUCAGGCUCGCCUACGGGUCGAAGGGGUUUAAUUACAAUGACGUCCCACACCAAGGAGUGAACGGUGCCCAGUUGAAGGUGUGCCCGCAGGGCUUCACAUGCUGCACCCCUGAGAUGGAGGAGAAGCUGAGCCAGCAGAGCCGCACUGACCUCCGAGCCCCAGUGACCCAGCUGAGCUCCAACCUGCAGAGCACCUUCACACAGCGCCACCGCCGCUUUGACCAAUUCUUCAAGGAGCUGCUGGACAAUGCCGAGCGCUCCCUGCACGACAUGUUCACCCGGACGUACGGAGUCAUGUACGUGCAGAACGCAGAGCUCUUCAAGCAGUUCUUCCAGGACCUGAAGCGCUACUACGUGAGCGGCGGGGUGGACCUGGAGCAGAUGCUGUCCGAGUUCUGGGCUGGGCUUCUGGAGCGCAUGUUCAAGCUGGUCAAUGUCCAGUACCAUUUCACAGAGGAGUACAUGGAGUGUGUCAGCAAGCACACUGAACAGCUCAAGCCCUUCGGAGACGUGCCUCGCAAGCUCAAACUGCAGGUCACGCGCGCCUUUGUGGCGGCAAGGACUUUCGCUCAGGGGCUUGACGUCAUUGGAGACGUGGUCAGCAAAGUGUCCGCGGUGAACGCCUCUCCGGACUGCGUGAGAGCCGCCAUGAAGAUGAUGUACUGUCCCUACUGCAGCGGGCAGGUGGCGCUCAAACCCUGCCCCAAUUACUGCCUCAACGUGAUGAAGGGAUGCCUGGCGAACCAGGCCGACCUGGACACAGAGUGGAACAAUGUCAUGGAUGCCAUGCUGAACCUGGCAGAGAGACUGGAGGGCCCCUUCAACAUUGAGGCUGUGAUGGACCCCAUUGACGUCAAGAUCUCGGACGCCAUCAUGAACAUGCAAGAAAACAGCAUGCAGGUCUCCCAGAAGGUGUUCCAGGGAUGUGGGCAGCCCAGGCCUGCUGUUCCAGAUCGCGUCUCACGCUCGGCUCCUGAUGGUGGGUUCAAUGCCAGGUUCCGACCCUACAACCCGGAGGAGAGGCCCACUACUGCAGCGGGCACCAGCCUCGACAGACUGGUCCCUGAUGUGAAGAAGCACCUCAAGCUGGCAAAGAAGUUCUGGUCCACGCUGCCGGAGAGUGUGUGCACGGGAGAGCGGAUAAGCGCAGGAGACGAGUGCUGGAACGGCACCGCAAAGAGCAGGUACGAUUCGGUGGUGAUGGGAAAUGGUUUAGCCAACCAGGUGGCCAACCCCGAUGUGGAGGUUGACAUCACCAAGCCGGACUUGGUGAUUCGCCGGCAGAUAAUGGUGCUGCGCCUGAUGACCAACAGGCUGAAGAGCGCCCACAACGGGCAUGACGUCACCUUCUUUGACAUGAGUGAGGAUGGCAGUGGGGAGGAGAGUGGCAGCGGGUGUGAGGGCCAGCAUUGUACGUCCGAUUUCGUCUUCACCCCCACCAUCACCAAGAUCCCUCCGGUGAUUGCAAGAUCGGGUGAAGUUUCGGGGGCAGUCAGUCUGCCUCUGAUCAGCUUUGUUUUGCUGCUGGGAGCUGCAGCUCUGGCCAUACUAGCCCCUCGGAGAUAAUCUCUCUGGCGGUAGGAGGACUUUGUCGACACAGAGAGACUGUCUUAAAGAACAUGGUCAGCAUCUGGCCUUUGUUUGUCAUCUGGGGACUUAUGCUUUUUUAAUUUUUGAAACCAAUUAUUCAACGGACAUCAGCGUACAGCUUGGGGCCUCCAAACCAACCACUUUAAAAAUAAAUUUUUCAGCUGUUUGAGAGAGAGAGAGAGAGUGAGAGAGAGAGAGAGAAUAAAUCUGUUUUCAGUUAAUGGGUUCCACCCCUCUCGCCACCACACAUCUGCCCCCAUUUCUCCUGUUAAAAUGUCUUUUGAGGUUUGUGAUAUUCAUAAACCUGCAGUGAGAAUCCCUGAUCUAUAAUACUAGUAAGAGAUGUGGGUCUGAUGGUACUUUUCUUUAAAUAAAAUACAUGUCUUGAUUGUUGCAUUCUACAUAUAGACUAAAAGGACCCUGAUCAGAAACACAGGUACAGUGUAAGCAGGCAGGGUGCCCAGGAUCGGUGGGUCCCUCAGAAAUCGCUUGAACCCCCUGAGGACCGCGCGUGGUCAGUGUGUGAGGGGUGAGGAUUUUAUCUACUAGUGGACAGCCUUCAAUGCAAACUUGUCCCGUGCUGAUGAGAAGUCAGUUGGGUAUUUUAUUAAGAAGGGAGAAUCCCAGUCUGUAGGACCGCUGACAUUAUACCGAGAUUUAACACAUCGAAGAAAAAGAAAUGCUUUGAAUGAGACUAAAAAGAUACUUGAGAAAAUGACCUGUGCUCGUGUUCCCCAUGCACUGCCAGCCAGGUGUGUGUGUGUGUGUGUGUGUGUGUGCGUGCAUGCGUGCGUGUGCGUGAGGGUGGAAAUGUAAAGAAUGCAUCACAGCCAAAAUUGUGAGGAUUUUUUCAAGUCCAAACCCAUCCCUUUUUAACUUAAAAAAAAUAAAUAAAUAAAUAAAAAAAUUUAAUAGCCAGAUGAUAUUCACAAGCCUGAAGAUUUGAACGAAGCCCUCGCUUAGGGGCUGCAUCUGGUUGUGGUUCUAACAGCAGCUUGCAAUGAAUUCUGUUGGUGCUUUCCUUAUCUAUUCUUUAGUUUUUAUAUUCACAUGAAACGGGGGAGAAUCUACUAAGCUGUUACUGCCAAAUGUUUUUUCUCUCCCCUAAAGAUUGUGUAAUUAUUACAAGUCUGUAUUUGUGUGUGUGUUGGGAUUGGGGGGGGGGGGGGGGGGGGGCUGUC